UAGGACGUAUUCAAUUUUUAAACCUCGUAUUAUAAUAUUCAAUUAUGACUUUAACAAAAGUCAUAAAUAUUAUUCUGAAAUGACCCAGAGGGCAGAGAGUAAUGAGUGUAAUGACUAAUGAUCGGAUUUUAAAAUUGUUUUUAGAAAACAAAAUCAAAUUACCAUCGAAUAGUAAAUAGGUCCUUAUAGAGAUAUCAAUUUUAUUAUUAUUAAAUAUUAAUAAUCGUAAUAAUCUAACUAAUGCGAUAACACAGCCCGUGUACAAUAAUAAUGCGCUGUUGUGUUGAAUCACACUGUACAAUCGUAUGUUAGAAGCGAGAUCAAGAUCAGAUUGUAACGAUUUGGUAUACAUUUUCAUUUUUUGUAUUAAUCUAUGGUACCACAAAAUAUUAUCAAAUAUUAAUGUAUCGAGGCCCGCGGCUGGGUACGUCCUGACCUCCGGAAAUACAAUUAACGUAAUUUGUUUAUUUAUGCAUUAAUUAUCUUUAUAUUAAUUUAUUGCUGCUAUCGAGUAUUCGAGUGCACCUGCCUCUAGCUGCUGGUGGAAGCUCGCAUCUGAAUAUCUGAUAUCAUCACUCGGUGUGGCGAUUAACCGAUUUACGAACUCAUGUUUAGCAAGUACAAUUACUAUUGUCAUUGUCAUUUCUCGACAUUUGAUUUCAACAUUAAUAUUGUUCGUCAAUAAGUUUUUGUCAUUGAGAAUUGUCUACAACCUACGGGAUGGAUUCAAUUACGUUUCUAAUGUACAGAUUACACCAAUAUCGGAAGAAGAUGGCGAGUGCUCAAUUGUUAUAAAGGACUGCGGUAAAUUAUUAGUAUACUUUGCAUAGAAUUACACCAUCAUCAUAUAAUCAUCUUAUAACAAUGGAGGGUUCGUAUCAGCCUUCAUUUGAUUACCAACAAAACCAAGCAAUGGCUUACACUCAAAGUCUCUAUAAUAAUAAUGGAUAUAAUAUGCAGCAAGUAAAAAACAUCGAUACAAACAAUUACUAUAAUAGCACACAUGUAACUACUUCAUUUCCUUAUAGCAAUGUUAAUGAACAUUUCAAUAUGGGAUACAAUGUGAUGCCUACAAAUAUGCCGUAUGUUAAUGGAUCUUUGAUUCCAUCAACAAGCUCCUUAACUACAAAUUAUAGCAAUGGUAAUUAUGUACCUUCAAUAUUGUACUCAUAUAGUAACAUACCUCAACCUCAACAACCACAGAUAACUGGAUAUUUCAAUAACGAAUCAUUACCCGGGGUAACAAAAAAAACAUUUACUAAUGGAUAUAUACAAUCUUCAUCAAAUAUCUUGAACUAUAAUGAUAAAUAUACAUCUAACAUGCCCUUACAUGUUAACCAACCUGACACUUAUAAAUCAGCAGUAAAUAACGAACAAUAUCCAUGUAUCCAAGCAUGUAAUGAUGAAAAAGAAACAAAAAAAAAAGAUGAAUGGUUUGAUUUAACAUCUAAGUUUUUGAAUAAUGGUGUAAAAAAUACUAGUAGAAAACAUUCAUCAACAUCAAACCAUACUCAAAGUGUAUCAAAACGUUCUCACCGUUCUUCAUCUCCAAAAUCUCGUAAUAUUAGUAAAGAUAGAAAUUUUAGAGGUAUGAAAACAAAUGAAGAAAUGUCAAGUGAAAUGUCUGAAAUGAAAAAAUUAUCUAAUAUGUCCAUUCAACAAAUAAUUGACUAUGAAAAGAAAAAGUGGAGCAGAUCAGCACCAUCAGAUGUUUAUUAUAAGAAACCUGAUCACAAUUCAGAAGUUACAUUUGGAAAUAAGAUCGCACUAGAUAUAUGUGAUGAAUUUGAAAACACCUUAGGAAAACGUGUUUCUAAAAUGAAUGAAAAUAAACCAGUUCUUUGUAAACCUCGUAAGGUUAAUGUUAAUGUUCGUAAACAUGUAUGUUCAGGUAAUGGUUCUAGUACAUCUGAUGAGGAUGAAGAUGAUGAAAAAGAAAAUUCCACACUUAAAGAGCUGGAUAGAAAAUGUUCACAUCCAGACAGACUUCACUCGGAAUUAUGGUAUAAUGAGUUUGGAGAAAUGAAUGAUGGUCCAAUGUGUAAAUGUAGUGUUAAAUCACAGAGAUCUGGUAUACGGCAUAAUAUAUAUGUUGGAGAAGGUCCCUUUGAACCUUGUUUACCAGAUUCAAAUAAUAGUGACAAGUUAUUUCAUUAUAGAAUUACUAUAACUCCGCCAACAAAUUUUUUACUGAAGUGUCCUACAGUUAUUGAAUGUAACGAAAAUAAAUAUACUUUUGAAGGUUUCUCAUUACUAUCACACUAUCCUAUUCCAAUUUUACCUACAUGUAAAGUUAUUCGUUUCAACACUAAUUAUGCAAUAUUAUAUGUUGAAGAAAAGAUUCCAGAUAACUUUAUAGUGAAGGAGUUGCAAUUAUUUUAUGAUUAUUUGUUUAAAGACAUUUUGGAAUUGGUUGAUUUAGACUUGCAUGGUGUAGGUAAUAAAAAUGGAUGUCCUCAAUUUCAUUUCAUGCCUCGCUUUGUAAAAGAUUUGUCUGAUAACGGCAAAGAAGUGCUUUCUAUGAAUGAAGUUCUCAAAUAUCUUUUAAAGAGCAACAAAUCACUUUUUGAAGAGAGCUCUUUGUCUGAUUUAAAAAAUAUGCCUAUGAAUGAAUGGCAAAAUAUAGUAGACGAAUAUAAAGGCAUGAUAGUUACAAACCCUGGAACUAAACCUUAUUCAAUACGUGUUGAUCAGCUAGAUAGAGAUACUGUAAAUGAAGCUACUGAAAAAAAAGUAAACAAUGGCUAUCCAGUUUUAGUACAUUUUGGUAUUCGACCACCUCAACUUAGUUAUGCUGGUAAUCCAGAUUAUCAAAAGGGCUGGCGUGAUUAUGUAAAAUUUAGACAUCUUCUAGCAAAUAUGCCCAAACCAUCAUUUGAAGAUAAAAGAAAACUGGAAAUCAAAGAAAGAGCUUUACAAGAAAUGAGAUCCCAUAAUAAAAUGAAACGUGGAGUGACUGCUGCAGUUUCUAGUAAAGGAUUUUUUAAAACUGGACUCAUGUGUGAUAUUGUUCAGCAUGCCAUGCUUUUACCAGUACUUGUAUGCCAUUUUAGAUUCCACAAAUCUUUAGAAUACUUAGAAGAUACUAUAGAAUAUAAAUUUAAGAACAAAUAUUUACUUCAGCUGGCACUAACUCAUCCUUCAUACAGAGAAAAUUUUGGUACUAAUCCUGAUCAUGCAAGAAAUACUCUUACCAAUUGUGGUAUAAGACAACCUGAGUAUGGAGAUAGGCGUAUUCAUUAUAUGAACACAAGAAAAAGAGGUAUAAAUACAUUAAUUAAUAUAAUGUCACGGUUUGGUAAGAAAUCAGAAAUGGAAUCAAAUAUAAUGCACAAUGAGCGUUUAGAAUUUUUGGGAGAUGCUGUUGUUGAAUUUGUGUCAUCUAUUCAUUUAUUUAAUAUGUUUCCAGACAUUGAAGAAGGAGGAUUAGCCACAUUUCGAGCGGCUAUUGUUCAAAAUCAACAUCUGGCUGUUUUGGCAAAGACUUUAAAGCUAGAUGAUUUUAUGCUAUAUGCUCAUGGCUCAGAUUUAUGUCAUGAUUCUGAGCUCAAGCAUGCAAUGGCUAAUUGUUUUGAAGCUUUGAUGGGUGCAUUGUUUUUAGAUGGAGGUAUUGAUGUAGCUGAUCGUGUGUUUGGCAAAACAUUUUAUAGGAAUUCACCAGAAUAUCUCGAUAUUUGGGUUAACUACCCCAAACAUCCUUUACAACAACAAGAACCUGAAGGCGAUCGUAAAUGGAUUAAAAAAUUACCAUUACUUCAAAAACUAACAAACUUUGAAGACUCUAUAGGUAUAAAAUUUACCCAUAUAAGAUUAUUAGCCAGAGCAUUUACUGACAGAAGUGUGGGUUUCACAAAUUUAACACUAGGUUCAAAUCAACGACUUGAGUUUUUGGGGGAUACUGUUCUGCAAUUAAUAGCUUCAGACUAUUUGUACAAAUUUUUUCCAGAACAUCACGAAGGUCACCUAUCUCUCCUUCGUAGUUCUUUGGUAAACAAUCGAACUCAAUCUGUAGUAUGUGACGAUUUAGGUAUGGUUAGUUAUGCACUUUAUGCAAAUCCAAAAGCCGAAUUAAAAACAAAAGAUAGAGCUGAUUUGUUAGAAGCAUUUCUUGGAGCUUUAUAUAUUGACAAAGGACUUACAUUCUGUCAAGCAUUCUGUAAUGUAUGUUUCUUUCCUCGUUUACAUGAUUUCAUUCUGAAACAAGACUGGAAUGAUCCAAAAUCUAAACUACAACAGUGUUGUUUAACAUUACGAUCAGUAGACGGUGGGGAACCAGAUAUACCAGUAUAUAAAGUGAUAGAAUGUAUGGGACCAACCAAUGGUCGAAAAUAUACAGUAGCUGUCUACUUUAAAAGUGUGAGGUUAUCACAGGCAACUGGCCAUAGUAUACAACGAGCUGAAAUGAAUGCUGCCAAUAGUGCGUUAGAAGUAUCUAAAGAUCUUUUUCCACAGUUGGAUCACCAAAGACGUGCUAUAUCAAGAAGCUUACGUCAUCAGUGUUCAGAUGGUCAAGCAAACAUUGAUGACAUAAUUAAGUUAUUGGAAUCUAAUUCACCUAAAAAUGAAUCGAACAUGAGUGAUUUGGAUUUGGCUAAAAGAAAACUCCAUAGAAAACUUUUAGCGGUAUUGUGUACUAAUAAAAAUUCUAUAGAUAAUUAUUCAGAACCAGAUAAAAAAAAGAAAAAGAAAUAAGACAAUUAGGUAUUAUUAUUUAUCAAAUAUUUUUAUGCCUAAACGUGAAGGGAUGAUUAUUUCUCAAAUUAAUUUAAAUUGAUAAUAAAACUUUACUGUAUUGGCAAGUGAAUUAUUAAAGGCUGUACAUUUAUUUUACAUUAAUAUGAUUAACUUUCUGUUAGUAUUUGGUGUAACAGAAUUAUCUUUUUUAAAUUUUAUUCAAUUGUUGAAUACAUUUAGCUUUACUAUAGUCCAACCGGAUUAUUUUUAUGUCAAUGAACUUCAUUAAUUUUACAAGAAUAGUUUAUUAUUAAAUGAAUGAACUAGAUAUUAUGAUAAUAGGUGCAAGUUUUUAAAUGUGCCUUCUGUACUGAUAAUAGACUGAAUUAAAAUUAUUACCACAGUGCUAAUAGUAAAAAUAAUUUAAUUAAGGUAUAUAAUACAAUUUACACAAUUGCUAUUAUUUAAGCUCUACAUUAUUAAAUAAAUAUAAUGUUUGAUAUUAUGAUUUUAUUUAAUAAGUGCGUCAAGGGUAAAUAAUAGUUUUUUUAAAUUUUUAAGUUGUAAAAAAAUUUAUAUUUAGAACCAUUGUAACAAUAAAUAAAUCAAAACUUUCAUAAUUCAACAUAAUACUAAUAUAGUAAUAUCAUUCAAAUUAAUACAAGUUGUGGACUAUAGCGUUUUUAUGUAUUAUCUAUAUGGCUAAUAGAAAAUAAUACUGCACUUUGUAUUUGUGUAAUUUUUACUUUGUUUCCUACAUACUUGUUAUAAUUAUUAUUUUUCUAGCCUUAGUUUUAUUUUAUAUUUUAUAUGAUUGACUGAAAUAAUAUUUGGAUAUUUUUGUGUUAGUACUUUUUUUAUGUAUUCAAUAUAAUAAUAAUUUUUUUACUAAUACUUAUUAAUAUUUAACUGUUUACAUUUUUCUUUAUUAUUCACUAUAGCCUAUAGGUGUAUAUAAGACAAAUUGAAAAUAUGUACCAAUAAAAUUGUUUUUUCUUGUUUUUUUACCUACCUUUAAUAAUAAUACAAAAUUUAUGUAUAUAAAUAAGUUUUAUUUUGUAAAAAUUAAAACAAUUAAACUUAUAUCCGUGUAUUUUGAAAUUAUUAUUAUUAUUAUUCCACUAGACUUAUAAAUAAAACAAUUUACUUUAUGCCAUAAUGUUCACCAUAUUUAUUUUGUAUUUUUUCAUAAUCAUGUUAUAAAUUGUAAUGCCUUAUACCAUGUAUCCUCAAACACCAGUACUAUGUAAUAUUUAUUAUAUUAUAUAUUUUGUUUAAAAGGUAAAAAAAUAAAAUAUUGUAUUUGUACAAUUCAAAAUAUACAGUAAAAAUGUUUUUAGGAAUUUUUAUUUUGUGGAGCUGCUGGAUGUGAGGGUAGCUGUUUUCACAUAAUUCCCCUUUAUAUGAGCUUAGUAUUUGCAGAUUGCAUUUUUGAAUGAUUGAAGAGUUACUUGCCAGUGACUUGUUUUUAGUUGCUCUUAUUCAUUAUUGAUUUGUUCAUUAAAUCAAUCAUAAGUAUUGA